AAAAGUGGGAAAUUUUGGGAGUUUUUAAGACGAAUUUUCUCCGUUUUCCGGCAACUGAUUUCCUCCGUUUUCCCGUGCCGCGAUGGCGCGCAAACCGGUUCCCUUCCGGAUAUUCAAGAUCACCAACCUAGGCGAAGUGACCAGCAACCAGCUUUGUAAUUAUGUGCAGGGACUUCACCGGCAUAUCCAGAGGCAGAAUUUGCGGAUACAGAAACUGAAACACAAGAUAAAAUCUCUGAGGAUCCAGAGAAAACGCAGCCUAAAUCUGGCCAGUGCCGAGCCGGAAGUUCCGGAAAUAGUCGAGGAAAAAGAAGAGCAGCCGCUGGAUAUCAAGGCUUUUGUGGACGACAUCAAGCAAACGGCGCAAGAUGUGGACCUCCAGAAUCGCUACAUCUACGAGCCGACGUCCGGAUUGUACUACGAUCCGGAAACCGGAUAUUACUACAACUCGAUUUACGGGCUACACUAUGAUGGCCAAAGAGGCUGCUACCUGAAGUAUAAUACCGCUACCCAGGAGUACGACUUUUACUCGCAGGUCAUACCCGAAACAAUGCUAGAAGAAGAUGACAAGGCCAAGAAAAAGAAAAAGCCGACCGAAUCGACGAGUAAGGUGAAGAAGGCACGCGAUAGCGAUGAUAGUGCCGAGCGGUCUAGGCACCGUAGUAGCAGGAAGCACGCUCGCAAGCGUAAGAAGCGCCACCGCAAACAUCGACGACACCGAUCACGGUCGCGCAGCUCAUCGAGUGAAUCUGGAAGUGAAAGCUCCAGUUCAAGCGGGAAACGUUCGAAGAAAAAGCGCAAAUCAAAGCGCAAACACCGCAAAUCUAGCUCCGUGGAUGUGCGAGAAGAGGGAGAGCUGGCCAGCAGUGACUCUAGCCAAUCUAGCUCACCGUCGGUGAUCCUCGUGGAAUCGGGUGGUGAUGGAGCGAGUGACGACUCGGCGGAGCAAUUCAAAACUAACUACAAAGACGUCGCCAAACGGUAUCCUCCCUCGUUGCGCAUAGUUGUGAAGGAAACUAACCUGAAGGAGCUGAAGAUUGGUUCACUGUUCAUCGUCACUUGCAAGGGAGGUUCGCUUGGCCGCGAGGGUAACCAUGACGUCAUCAUUCCUGACAUUAACAUCUCCAAGAGUCACCUUCAGUUCACGUACAACGAUCAGAAGGCUACCUACCAGUUCGUGGAUCUCGGCUCAAAGAACGGCACACUGUACAAUGGUGUCCGGGUGAAACUAGGCGAGAACCAGGCGCAAAGUGACCCCGUGGUACUCCUUCACGGUAGCAUACUGCAACUGAAUCAAACCAAACUGCUUUGCCAUGUGCACGAGGGUAACGCAACGUGUGGCAAAUGUGAACCGGGUCUACUGGUGAGCACAGAGCCAGCGGAACCUCCAGAGUUAUCGAACAAAAUAAGCAAACCCGUCUCUCACAAGGAAGGACUGAAACUGAUUCAGAAACGCUUCGGAUUGGAAAAUGAAAAAUAUGUGAAAACGGGCGAAAACCAGGGACAGGGUCAACGGAUUGGUCCGGAGUAUAAGGACCGGGCUGCAACUAGACGCAAGGUGAAGGGAAGCUCGAAUGAGCACGAAAAGACGCAAAUGGCCUCGCUCGAACAAUCCAUUGCCAGCGAUAACAAGGGCUUCCAGAUGCUGUCGAAGCUCGGUUGGAACGAGGGUAAACCGCUCGGACGCAACGAUGCCGGUCUAACGGAACCGAUCCCGCUUAAAUCGAACGUUGGAACGUCCGGAUUAGGGUCCACGGGACAGCUGCAGUACGGAUCGAACGUGCAACCGGUCGAUCCGAAGCGUCACUCCAUUUGGCGCAAAACUCAGGAACGCUUUGAACGGUCAGCUGCCUUCGUCGCGGGAAGUAGUGAAGAUUCGGAGUAACUUUCGAGCGGAAGGGGCUGAUGCUGUCCAA